CGACGGCUCCAACAGCCUCCCGCGGAUAUACUGAUAAGCAGCACCUGGCCUCUCCGCGGGAUUCGGGUUGAUUCAACUAUAUAGUGAGGCUCAAAGGCAGGGUAUAGCAGUCUCGUAUCUAUACUUUGGUUAACACAAUCUGCGUUGUAUUGUCACCUUUACCCUUGGGCUCGUCUCUGGUCGGUCACUUAGAGAUCCUCCGAACAUAUUGCCGAGGUUUGCCUCUUGGAGAACUUCCCCCGCAAAACCUCUUCGCGCCACCACGUACUAUCUUUCUCUCAACUGCUCGAAGCAUACUGAAGCUCAAUUGCCUUCACCAAUACCUAUGGUAUAAUUCUUGACUUCUACCUAAUGAACUCUUCUUCUCUUUUUCGUACCGCCGCGCGCUCGGCAGGCCGGCUAGGCCAGGUCCGCAACGUGCCACGAAUCGCUGCUAUGCGUGGAUAUGCUACAACCUUCAAUUGGGAAGACCCCCUGCUCGCAUCGGAGCUAUAUACAGAGGAAGAACUUGCGAUUCAGGAUACCGCGAGACAAUAUUGCCAAGAAAGAUUGCAGCCACGGGUUCUGGAUGCUUAUCGAAAUGAGGACUAUGACCGAAAGAUCCUUGAAGAGAUGGGCGAGCUUGGCUUACUCGGUGCCAGUAUUGAAGGCUAUGGUUGCGCAGGGGCAAGCACAGUUGCUUCUGGUUUAAUCACGAAGGAGGUGGAGCGCGUGGAUUCGGGGUAUAGAUCAGGAAUGUCUGUACAGAGCUCCUUGGCCAUGACUGCCAUCCACGAAUUCGGAAGCCAGGAACUCAAAGACAGACUUCUCCCGGAUCUGGCUAAGGGCAAGCUGGCAGGUUGCUUUGGUCUUACCGAGCCAAAUCACGGCUCUGACCCCGGAUCAAUGGAGACAACUGCGCGUGAACACCCUACACAAAAAGGUGUAUACCUCCUUUCCGGCAGCAAGACUUGGAUUACGAACUCGCCUAUCUCCGACGUCUUGGUUGUGUGGGCCAAAUUGCAAAGCACGGGGAAGAUUCGCGGGUUUGCUGUCGAGCGCAGCAAAUGCCCACCGGGAACGAUCGAGACGCCUGCGCUCAAGAACAAGACCGCUCUCCGCGCUUCUAUCACAGGAAUGAUCCAGUUGGACGACUGUCCGGUAGCCGCGGAGAACAUGUUCCCCGAUGUUGAGGGCUUGACUGGACCUUUUACCUGCCUCAACAGUGCUCGCUUGGGAAUUGCUUUUGGAGCCAUGGGAGCUCUUGAGGACUGCAUUGAUCGUGCCAGGACUUACUCUUUGGAAAGGAAGCAAUUCAAGGGCAACCCCCUGGCAAAGUACCAGCUAAUUCAAAAGAAGCUGGCGGAUGCCGCCACGGAUGCUACAUAUGGUACCUUGGCCGCAACCCAGGUUGCCAGACUGAAGGACGCUGGAAAAUCCACACCGGAGAUGAUUUCAUUGAUCAAGAGGCAAAACUGUGACCGGGCGCUUGCCAACUCUCGGAUACUCCAAGAAAUUUUCGGCGGAAAUGCUACCAGUGAUGAGUAUCACAUUGGUCGGCACGUAGCGAACCUAUUCGUGGUGCAAACAUAUGAGGGACAAAGUGAUAUCCAUGCGUUGAUCCUGGGCCGCGCUAUUACUGGUGUACAGGCGUUUGUAUAGGGAAAAAGAAGCCGAUUACAUGCUCCUGAGACUUUUUCCGGGCAGCAACUAUACCUGUUCCUUAGAGAGAUUUGAGACUACUAGACCCUUAUGAUAUUCAAACUUAUGAAAUCACGUGGAUCUCCUCCAUGUGGGCGUGUCAAAAAUAGAGUAAAAGUUUCGGUUCCGCAGGGCUGGCCAAGCGUACCUAGAAAGGGUCAAUAAUAGUAUGUUGGGCGAAGGCCACCGUUGAUAGCGGCACCUCGUAACAUAGGGCGUCUGGAGUGUCCGCUUUGCCGCCUUACGGAAG